AUGGGGUCUCGCCUUAGGCGAGAGGGCUCCCAACCGGUCACGGCACCAAUGAAGGACGAGGGCGCCAGUGAGACUCAAUACCCUUUGAGGCCAAGAGAUUUAUUAGAGCAGCAGCUACAGAAAGAAGGAAGGAGGUCUGUAACCACCUGGUGGGAAAGGGGAGUGAGACUUAAAAAAUGGAGUACCUUUGGAUCCCUGGAAGUUACAUCUGAGAUUAAAUCAGAAACGCAAGUGUUCUCAGUGGUGACAAAAGAUGAUUGUGAAAUUCUUAAAAUCCCUGCAAAGGAAUAUGCAAAGUUAAAAUCGGAAAAAAGAAAACUUGAAAAUAUACAAAAGUUGAAAUUAAUUCGUCAGUGUCCUUAUUAUGAAGAAUGGUCUACUUUAUCCAUAUCUGAGUUAAUUGGUCUCCUUAAAUGGAAAAAAUUUCCUCCAGAUCAUGUGAUAGUGGAAAGUGGAAAUAUAAUUUCUUUCGUGGGUUAUAUUAAUUCUGGACAGUGCAAAAUUUAUAGAAGUAUUAUAGGACUUGUGAAGGUACAACCGAAUAAAGUGAAAAAAUCUCGAAAACUUGUUUACAUGGGUAAACUUAAGGAGAAGGAGUCCUUUGGUGAGAUUAGUGUUCUUCUUCAAGUUCCUUUCACAUGCACAAUCAUUACAGAAAAAGAGGUUGAAAUGGCAAUCAUUGAAGAUAAAGAUCUAUUGGAAUUAAACCCAGUGACCAAGAAACUUAUGCUUCAAACAGCUAAACCAACUUUUGACCAUCUGACAGAUGAGGAUGUCAAAAAUGAAUAUUUGCAAAAGGAACAACAAAAAGAAUGGAAAGAUUUCAAGUAUAAGACCAUGAAAAACUCCUUGCAUUAUAAUGGAAUUCAUCCAGGCUUUGGAAAAUGGAAUCAUUACUGGACCAGCAUUCCCAGGAACCUCAAGGAUACUCUAGUCUAUUAUUAAAACUAUCAUCUCAUAUUGGAAGCUGAGAAUUUCGGCAU